AUGCAUGUUUUCAGAUGCAAGCAUACUACAUUUCAACAUCUUACCAUCACAGCACCUGAAGAGAGCAGAAACACAGAUGGAAUCCAUAUCGGGGCUUCGACUGGUAUCAACAUUACUCAUGCAAAGAUUAGAACUGGAGAUGACUGUGUUUCUAUUGGUGAUGACUCCCACCAAAUCACAGUGACUGAUGUUACUUGUGGGCCAGGCCAUGGCAUAAGCAUUGGAAGCCUUGGAAGAUAUAAGGAAGAAAAGGCUGUGACUGGGAUCAUAGUUAAGAAUUGCACCCUGACUAAUACACAGAACGGUGUGAGAAUCAAAACAUGGCCAGAUUCUCCUUCUAGCAGUACUGCCUCAGAUAUACACUAUGAGAAUAUUAUCAUGGUUAAUGUCAGUAACCCUAUCCUCAUAGACCAAUUGUACUGCCCAUAUACUCGGUGUGACCAAAAGCCUCCGUCAAAAGUUAAGAUCAACAAUGUCAGCUUCAAGAACAUUAAGGGCUCAUCUUUCACUCCACUUGCAGUCAAGCUUGUAUGUAGCAGGGGCCUACCGUGUGAGAAUGUGAAGUUGACUGACAUUGAUCUCACCUACGGUGGAGACCAAGGCCCUCUUACCUCUCUGUGUUCUAAUGUCAAGCCCACAAUUACUGGCAUGAAAAAGGCUCUUGCUUGUGCUACAUCAUCCUUGGCACCUCUUCCUUUAUCCAAGAAGUAG